AUGAACUCGUUAUCACCGGGCCAUCCUUUGUUCAACCCCAGGCGUGUCCCGCCAGCAUUGAAACCUAUCGAGGAGACCGAGGGCCAUUACUGGUCGAUGCGAGAGCUCACUCUUUUCGAAAGGGAAAUAAAGCGUCAAACUGAUAUCAGGAUUACUGAACACACACCCGCUGAGCUCAACAAAAUGCGUCGCUGCAAGUAUUGUGGAGGUAAGUCUCUCGUCUGUUCUAUUCGAGACCACUAUUUUCCUUACUUACAAUUUUUCAUAGCGGCCGGCGGCUCGCAUCACAAGAAAACAGGCCCCCCGAAGAAGAAACUCCGAAUGGAUUUGGGGUGCUUUUGGCCUGACAAAAUGAACAAGAUUUUCUGUCACGAAGUGGCCCGCGUUGAUUUAGGAAAACGGGAAUAUGUCAAGAAGGCAGCCAUUCCGAAUGAUUUCAAUCGCGUCUUGAAGGCUUACUUCGAGAAUGCCCAGCUUGGUCGAAGUAAAGUGGUGCUCUGCGAUCAAGUCAAACUCAUGGAGAUGGUUGUGGAUAUGGAAAAUCAGCUGGACAACACGCAUUUCCUCAUCGAUCCUAAGAAUCACCAUCUUUGGGUCGAGGUAACCGGGAGUUCCAGAUCCGGUUAUGUGAUGUUCGAGAUAUAUCAAGUCUCCGAAGAAAAGUGGAAAGAUAGUUUCUCCAACGCAUGUGCUCCGAUCUGUGCUUGGCAUUUCGGCGCCUUCGAUGGCAAUGUCAGUGAAUUCCCCGUGCCACGGCUAUUGUAUUCAUACUAA